AUGGGUUCACGUGAAGCGGAGGAGCACGAAUAUAUCGACACUAUAAGGACAUCUGAUAUUUACCAACCACAACCCACGAGAUACAACGCCCAUUCGACUCCGAUUCUUUCACCAGCCACCCACCUAAUCAAUUCUUCGACCAAGCGUCGCUGGACACGCCUAGAUCGUCGCAAGAGCACACCCCUAGGUUUCAGAGAGAGUAAGGAGUCAGAUAAACUGGGUAGUAUGACGCUAACACGAGUUUAUAUAUCUAGCGUCCUAAAGUCAAAAUUGGAACGUGAAAACCGUCGUCAACAGAGAGCCGCUGAUCGUACCAAACUGAAUGAUGAAGUUAGGGAUCGACUACGGGAGGAACUUUUGCACCAUGAAGAGUUGCAACGUCAAUUACACUCUGCAAGGGAUUCUCUGAAGCGAAGGCGUUCGUACGCAGAGAAAGCCGAGCAAGAAGCCCAAGAUUUGGAGCUUUCUCUAUCUUCUGGGGCUUUGAAAGAGGACCAAAUGUCGGUAGAGCUUGCCAAGAUCCAGGUUGAACUAGCCGCAUACCGUACUCGUAUGGAAGGAAUAGAGCAGGAACUUCAAAAAGCGCGCGACAUGACCGACGAAAUUACUACGGACAGGGAUAAAGCUCGAGAUGAAGCUCGUCAGCUUCGAGAAGAAAGGCGAGAGGCUGCCGAACAACGUCGAUUGGACGAGGCCAGGCGGGAAGGUAUGAUGCGAGGAAAACUGGAAGGGAUGUACGCUGGAUGGGAGGAUGGAAAGGUACAAGGUUACAAGGAAGGAAGGUCGGAAGGAUCCCGCACUCAACACGAGACAAUGCUGAACAAGGACUGGAGAUAUCUGCAACGAGAAUUUCCAAACUAUGAUCGGUUUGAAGAGCGUAUUCCUUCCCCAGAGAGCUAUGAUGGGGAUGCACCGGAGCAACUAAGGGGGCUUGAGGCCCCGAUAGUCCUUCCUCCUACUAAAAAGCCUCGCCGCCCACCUCCUAUUCGUCCAGCAGAGGAACAUGAUGAGGAAGCUCACCCAAUGGUAACCAGGACAGUUCAUUCCUCUCCCGAAACUAUUCAAGAGACCAUGCCCCCUCAAGUCGUUCCCCAUCCUACGCAUCAGCCAUCCCCUCCUUCAAUGCCAGUGCCAUCUACCUCCCACCACCAGCCAGAACCGACUCCACGAGAGCGGCCCCGAUCGAAUAUCCCACCUCCACGGCCUAUUUUCUUGCACGAUGAGAGUUCAUGGCAGCCUCCUCAAUCUAUUCCGGAGACCCUUAAGCGUUCAACAACACUCCAUCAACUAGGUGAAAGGUUUAAACGUAAACCUGAAGAAAUAUCUCAUGCACCACACGACAUGGACUUUGCCCCAAUAGCAGCACCUGGACAAUAUCCUUCGGUGGCUACACCCCUUCCUCAUUGGGAGACCAUGCAACCGGGAAGAGCGAUUCCAACACCGGCUGGAUCUAUACACGAAUUUAGAGACGACGAAAGAGAAAGAGACAGAUUCCAAGAAGAAGAUUUACGAAAUCGAUAUUCUUAUAAUGAGGACCCCAGAAACAGGUUAGGGAAAGUUAUGAUGGGCAGCAUCACCGGUUUCCUCCACCCUAAAACCACCCGAACACCGUACAAGGACCCUCUGAUGUACCAAGAUGCGCGUUCGACAAUCACCUUGCCUUCUCUGAUCGACAGAUCACGAGAACAAUCCCCCGCACCUUCACCUAAAACCCGCCCGUCACAACCCGACUGGAGCAAACCUGUUGUUCCAGUCGCUGUCAAACCACAACCGUCCCCUCGACAUAGUCGUAUCAGCAUGUUACCUGACAACUAUAUCCCUCCUCUCGAUGCCGACGGGGGGUUCAGUCUACCACCUCCUCACGAGUUGAAUGGUAGUGCCAUGCAGAGUGCAAUCAACCUCACUCUCAGCCAGAAUGCAA